AUGAGUUCAGACAUCAAAUACCUCCUUUCUCUCCGCGCAGUCCGCGAGCGCGCCAAGAUUGUUGGAGAUGUUGCCAAGGCCGGAAAACUAAGCCAUUUUGAUCUUCGGGAAGACAAGCUGGAUGAUGUUGUCGAUUUUGUGGCCUCUGUCAUCAAGCGCGACUUUGGUCCCGACAGAUUCCACACGAUCCCGCCUCACGGCCGUUGGCAGCAUUUCGAGGUCGGUAAUGUACCACGGAUCGCCAAACUCAUCGAGAAGUGGACGAACGAGGGCAGCGAUGAAAAGGAGCUGACCCGCCGCCUCAUUGACCUCUUCUUCGUCUCCGUACUUCUCGAUGCUGGCGCAGGUGAUCAUUGGCGGUACAAAGAGGCUGAGACGGGCGAGGUCUACGAGCGAAGCGAGGGUAUCGCGGUAGCCAGCCUGCACAUGUUCAACUCCUUGGCUUUCACUGGAUCGAAGGAUGCAUCUGCUCCGAUAGUCGACGGCAAGGGCUUGCAGCAAUUGGAGACGAGUGCGCUCGCAGAGGGUUUCCAGGUAACCAACGACAACCCUAUGCUAGGCGUCGACUCACGUGCCGCCCUCCUCAGGAGCCUUGGACAGUCACUGCUCGCCCAUCCCGACGUGUUCGGAGAAUCAGGCCGACCAGACUAUCUGAUCAAGGCCUCAGGCGAUGCCAAACUUGACAUUCUUUUCCUCUGGGAUGUACUGCAGACACUCCUCAUUCCUGCGUGGCCGAAAGAUCGGACGACAAUCGGCGGCACGCCCAUUGGGGAUGCCUGGCCCUUGAGCACUCUGCGAACGGGCGGGGCACCAGGCGCUUCCGAUGCGGCCGCCGAAAACAUCCAACCCUUUCACAAGCUCACACAGUGGCUCACUUACUCUCUCAUGGUCCCAUUCCAGAGGGUCUUGGGCCUAGAGUGGACCAACGCAGACUGCCUGACCGCCCUGCCAGAAUACCGAAACGGCGGUUUGUUCGUGGACAUGGGCGUGCUCGUCCUGAAAAAGGAGACUCUCGAGCGAGGUCUGGCGGCGUCGGGCGAGGAACUCCCGCUAUUCGAAGCGGGGGACGACGUCAUCGUCGAGUGGAGGGCCAUGACACUCGUGCUGAUCGAUCUGCUCUACGGUAGACUCCCGUCUCGCAUGGGCGAGGGCGUGCAGCUGAGCAUGGCUCAACUGCUUGAGGCCGGCACCUGGAAGUCUGGGCGUGAGGUCGCGGCGCAGCGCCGACCGCAAACCAAGUCAAGCCCCAUCCUCAUCAAAAGCGAUGGCACUGUAUUCUAGGUCGCUUGUAUGCCGAGCACCGCGCACCGGCAAGCCAAAUGUUGGGAAUCAAGCGCAACUAUCUGCCAUCGGCCGUUUAGUGAAGCCUCUCUAUCAUGUUCAGAAUCCUGGUGCAUUUAUUUACU